AUGGUGGAAAGCAGUCGAUCGAUGCCGGUAUCGCGGAAGAUGAUGUGGAUAUUUUGGUUACCAUUGCUCGGAUACAUCGUACACGCUAAACUUAAUGACGAAUUUAACGAGGAAUUGUUCAUUAAACCUUUUGGUAGUGGACAUGUCAUGUUUCAUUUCCAAUUUACAACUAAAUGGAACGUCAGCAUCGCAGAUGAAACAGCGUACUCCCACUACCGUCUAUUCCCUAAGUCUCUGGGAGAGGUGAUGUCCACAUAUGGGGUUCAGGAACUGCACCUUAGUCAGACACAGGGUCUGUGGAGGUACAGACAAUGGGGUUACCCUCCAGAGGAUGCACCACCAGGAGCUGAACUUUGGACCUGGUUCCAGUCUAACAGAAACAAGUCAGAUCAAGCUGUCCGAGAUAAGUUGUGGUCAAAUUACGUAAAUGCUUUGUCAGGACUCUUUUGUUCUUCCCUCAACUUCAUGGACAGCAAAGCUACAGUCAGUCCACGGUGGACAUUUCGGCCACAGGGAUUAGCAUCAGAAUAUUAUUCCAUGGACUGGCGAAACCUGAAGUACUCGGCUCUGCCUAGAGAGGUCGUUUGUACCGAGAACCUUACACCAUGGAAGAAACUUCUGCCAUGUGAUUCAAAGGUGGGAUUAUCUACAUUGUUCAAUGCCAUCAAGUUACAUGACUCAUCAUACCAGUCCAUAGGGCUACAUGUGAGGCCUAUCUGUCGGGAUGCAGCGUGUACCAAGUCAUCUGUGGAGCUAAAGCAGACACUGACAGUGGUGUUCGAUCCCACUACAAGUAGAUUUGGACGACAGACGUGGAGCUUUAGCAGUAUGUUUGGUAAACCUUUACGUUCCCAGUGCCCUCUAGCCUCCAGGAGCAAUGUCUAUGUAGACAUCACAGAUAAAGAUAUUCCAGAGUUGAGGUUCACACUGCAACAAGAGCCAACAGAGGUCUUACAAUUCACUAGAGGCAGUGACAGGAGAACUUAUGCAGUUUUUGAUGUCGGUGAAUUUCUGGAGCAGGAUGGAUUCUUAGAUCUCUCUGCUGACUAUGAACAGAAGGCAGCUUACAAACAAGGAUUGGAACCUUCGUUAUAUGCUCACCGAUUUGUCACAGGAUUUGGCCUAGAGAGGGGAGGUAUCACUUGUCAGAUCUACAACAACCUGGAUCAGAACCUCACACUGAUAUACAUGGAGACUAUACCCUGGUACUUCAGAGUCUACUACAACUCUCUUAGUAUACGUAACAAGGGCAAGGACAUCAAACCUUUCAAGGUCCAUUUUGUGCUGGGGAAGGACAGAUUGCGACCAUACCAUCUUGAAGUUGUGUUCCGACUACGUGCAAACUCUGUAACACGGAUCAAUCUGGUGUUUGACCGUGCUUUCCUCAAAUGGACAGAGUAUCCUCCAGAUGCUAACCAUGGCUUCUAUGCCAAUGCUGCUGUGCUUACUACAAUGUUGCCAUAUGCUCAUUCCUACUUAGCUGUCCAACAGAAUGCCUCCUUGUUUCUAGAAAGUUUCAGUGAUGUCUCCAACCAGUUUUUCCUGCGAGUCCAUACAGAGAGUUUACUGAUCUCCCUACCCACUCCUGACUUCAGCAUGCCCUACAAUGUCAUCUGUCUAGCUUGUACUGUCGUGGCUAUUGCAUUUGGAUCCAUUCAUAACCUCACAACUCGAAUAUUCAAGACAGUUGACCCAAAGAAGUCCAAAGGAUUAAGAGAAAAAGUGAAAGCUUUUUUCAACAGGAAGAAAGUCACUUCAGAAGUAAAAGAAGCAGAUGGAAAGAAAUUGGAGGGAAAUGAUACAGAUGCUGAAUUUCAUAACAAAACAUCAAAGACUGAGAGUCCUGAGAAACAAUCAUAGAGUUUGUACAAUCUGAUACAAGAUCAUGUGCUUUUGCAGAUACUGUUUUGGGUUGAUUUCUUGUUGCAGUUCACACAGAAAUUAAAAGUCCUAUAAUGUGACAAUCAGUUGUAACAGUACAUAAAAAAAAACAGACAAUCCUUGGAAUUACCUGAAAUUUUGCUAGUUCAUAUCUGUACAAACAAUAUCUUGCUGUUCAAGUAGCGAUCUGUGUUUUCUAAAGUGGGGUUCGGAUCCCUUUAUUGAGGUGUAAGGUAAAGGGGAAAGGGUUGGACAGUAGGGAGGAUGGGUGUGAUAGGUAAGGGAAUAGGGUUAGACAGAAGAAGGAUAGGUAUGAAGUUUAAGGGGAAACGGUUGGACAAUAGGAGUAUAUAUGUGGAGGGUAGGGAGAAAGCGUUAAAGAGUAGGAUGAUGGAAUGAAAGGAAGUGGAAGAGGGUUGAACAGUAGGAGUAUGAAUGUGUAGGGUAGAAGGAUAGGGUUGAAUGGUAUGGGGGUGUGAAGGGUAGGGGGAUAGGAGUAUGGAUUUGGAGGUAAAGAAAUAGAGGAAAUUAGAGGAUAGGAGGACAAGUGUGAAGGUAAGAGGGAAUAGGGUUGGAGGGUAGGAGGAUAGGUGAAAAGAGUAGGGGGAAUAGGGUUGGAGGGUAGUAUGAUAAGUGUAGAGGGUAGGAGGAUGGGUGGAAAGAAAAGGGGUUAAAAUCUGUGGCUAUCCUAUCUGGCAUAAGAAAAAUUCUAGAAUUAUAUAAACUUCCUCAUAGAAACUGCAUUGAGAAUUGUGAUAUAUUCUUCCUUACCAUACAAAGGCAAUCUUGUAUUUUGGAACUGCUUCAGAAUGUUCAAAGGAUGACAAUUUAUUUCAUAAAUGCUUUCAAAUCUAAAAAGAAGCAAACUUAUUUUGAACUCUCAGAUGAUAAGGAUAUAGAGAACAAAUAUUUCCCGCUAAGCUAAGUCUGUUUUUCUAAGCAGCCAAAACCAAGGUUACGAUUUGGUUAUUAGUAGAGGCUUUUGAGAUUUCUCACUUUAUGAGAGGAUUGUUGCUGUGAAGUAAAGCACUAGAUCUUGUGUUAGUUUGUUAUUCUGUGAUAUCAUGUUAAUUUUGUAUGUGUGUAUAUUUUGGGGAGUCUGUAGUAUAGUCAGAAUUUGUUGUCACAUUUUGUAUGAAUGUAUGUUUUUGAGAGUCUAUAGUUUAGUCAGAUUUUGUCAUCACAUUUUGUAUGUUGUGAAGUAAAGCACUAGAUCUUGUGUUAGUUUGUUAUUCUGUGAUGUCAUGUUAAUUUUGUAUGUGUGUAUAUUUUGGGGAGUCUAUAGUAUAGUCAGAUUUUGUCAUCACAUUUUGUAUGAAUGUAUGUUUUUGAGAGUCCCUAAAUUAGUCAGAAUUUGUUGUCACAUUUUGUAUGAGUGUAUGUUUUUGAGAGUCUAUAGUUUAGUCGGAUUUUGUAGUCACAUUUUGUAUGAGUGUAUGUUUUUGGGUGUCUAUGAAUUAGUCAAAUUUUCAUACCGCAUUUUGUAUUGAUGUACAUUGUUGGUAGUCUGUAGAUUACUCCUAUUUUUUUUUAUCUCAUUCUCGAAUCCCAUGGUAUCAAAAAUUACCCUUCGCUGAUUAACAAGUUUUGUUUUACCCAUUUUUUCUUUGCAAUAUAAAAUGAAAAAAACUCAAAAUCACACUCCCAUGAAAUAAAAAUUCUGUUGGAGAAUAGUUGGAAACCAGCCUAUAAUAGCAGCAAAGGAAUUAUAUAUCGUAGGACCUGGCACUUCUAUAGAAAAUCAACUGUACAUGUUAGAAGCAUGAGAAACUAUUAAGUUGUUGCUGAAGGAAGAAAAGAUAUUGACUGAAGUUCAGAUUCCUACAUCUGUUACACAGUGACAGCAGUACUCAGUGACAGUAGGUAAUCAGUGACAGUAGGUAAUCAGUGACAGUAGGUAAUCAGUGACAGUAGGUAAUCAGUGACAGUAGGUAAUAGUGACAGUAGGUAAUCAGUGACAGUAACAGUAGGUAAUCAAUGACAGUAGGUAAUCAGUGACAGUAGGUAAUCAGUGACAGUAGGUAAUCAAUGACAGUAGGUAAUCAGUAACAGUAGGUAAUCAAUGACAGUAGGUAAUCAGUGACAGUAACAGUAGGUAAUCAGUGACAGUAACAGUAGGUAAUCAAUGACAGUAGGUAAUCAGUAACAGUAGGUAAUCAGUGACAGUAGGUAAUCAAUGACAGUAGGUAAUCAGUGACAGUAACAGUAGGUAAUCAAUGACAGUAGGUAAUCAGUGACAGUAACAGUAGGUAAUCAAUGACAGUAGGUAAUCAGUGACAGUAACAGUAGGUAAUCAAUGACAGUAGGUAAUCAGUAACAGUAGGCAAUCCAUGACAGUAGGUAAUCAGUGACAGUAACAGUAGGUAAUCAAUGACAGUAGGUAAUCAAUGGCAGUAGGUAAUCAGUGACAGUAGGUAAUCAAUGACAGUAGGUAAUCAGUGACAGUAGGUAAUCAGUGACAGUAACAGUAGGUAAUCAGUGACAGUAGGUAAUCAGUGACAGUGACAGUAGGUAAUCAAUGACAGUAGGUAAUCAGUGACAGUAGGUAAUCAGUGACAGUAGGUAAUCAGUGACAGUAGGUAAUCAAUGACAGUAGGUAAUCAGUGACAGUAGGUAAUCAGUGACAGUAGGUAAUCAGUGACAGUAGGUAAUCAGUGACAGUAACAGUAGGUAAUCAAUGACAGUAGGUAAUCAGUGACAGUAGGUAAUCAGUGACAGUAGGUAAUAGUGACUGUAGGUAAUCAGUGACAGUAACAGUAGGUAAUCAAUGGCAGUAGGUAAUCAAUGACAGUAGGUAAUCAGUGACAGUAGGUAAUCAGUGACAGUAACAGUAGGUAAUCAAUGACAGUAGGUAAUCAGUGACAGUAGGUAAUCAAUGACAGUAGGUAAUCAGUGACAGUAGGUAAUCAAUGACAGUAGGUAAUCAGUGACAGUAGGUAAUCAGGAGCAGAUUCUUACUUUCUCUUUAAUGCCCAAAUUUUUUACCCUGAGAUAUCUUUACGAUUUCACUUCAGUUUUGAAAACUUGUUUGAUUGAAGAAUCAUGUCACAAAUAUUUGUUUAUUUGCAUUAAUAUGGGAUUGUUUGCUUCUCAUUAUAGUCAGAAUUUUUUACACUUUGAUCACUUUGUAAUUUAUAUUUUCAUACUUAAUAUUAUAUCUGUUAUUAUUAUGAAAAACAAUGUUAAUGAUAUUUAACUUGAGGGAUGACAUGACACGAGAUAUCAUGUAAAAUAACAUUUUAUGUGUGUGUGUUGAUACCUUUGUCUUUCGAAUGGUGGAAGUAACAGUUUGAUUUUUAUGGAUAUAAUACCAAUUCAAACAAGAAGAUAUUAACUUUUAAGUAUAAUCUAUAUGAUUAUACCGAUGGUCAACAAACAUGUAUUCCAUUCCUCAGUUUUCAGGUUGACCAAACCAAAUGGGAGUUACGAACAAUUUAAUUUCAGUUUUUACCUGAGGUAAGGUAAGCUAACAAUCUACUGACUUAUCUAUAUAGAAGGAUUUCAGUGAGAUACUACACAACAUUAUUGUAGGGAAUUAUUGGAUUUUGCACCAAUUUGGUCUGAAACAUUCUUUGGUGAAGGGGAAUCAAUUUUGUAUAAACUCUGGGUCUUGACUCCCUGGAGUGGCAGAAAUGGGGCCCAUUAGGGGAAAUAGAGCAAUUCUUAAAAAUUCUACUCUUUCUGUAGGAAUGUUUGGACUUUGCACAUACAACUGUACAUGUAUUUGAUUUGAAGCAUCCUUCGAUGAAGAGGAAUCAGUUUUGUAGAAACGUUGGGUUUCGGCUCUUUAGGACCGGAGGGGUAAGGCCUAAUGGGUGAACAGAGCAAAUUCUAGAAAAGUCUUCUCCAGUAGGAAUAUCAUGAUGUUGCCCUGAUUUGGCCCAAAGCAUUUUUUAGCUGAAAAAGAAAUAAACUUUGUGUAAAUGGUGAAUCUCAGCACCCUAGGGCAGGAGGGAUGGGGCAAAUUCUUCAAAAUUAUUGUUCUUUUGUAGGAAUGUCAGGGUUCUGUCCCAGUUUGGUGUAAGGCAUGCUUGAUUUCUGUGUUGGCUGCCUCGGAAUGUUUCAUAAUGUAUGUCACCACAGUCUUAUUUCCAUCUUUUUCAAUUUGUGAUCACACCAGGGGAAAACGAAACGUGUACUAUAUAUAACAUAUUGUAUUGUUUUUGUGGUGCAUAGUUUUUAUGUCCUGUUGGGUUCAUUAUGUGUUUUACUUUAUUAUCAUCAUUCCCCAAUGUAAACCAAUUGUACUAGGUAAACAACACCUUUUUAUAUCAGUCAUACCAGCAAAAACACCAAUUCGUUUACAAGUUAUCUUGUCAAGUCUGAUUAAGAUGAGAUGAUUUUGUGGCUUAUGAACACAAAUACUGACUGUUGUAUAAAAGUAGAUGUUUAUAUUUUAUGCUGUUGUUGAUUACAUGGACUUGUGCAAUUUGGAAAGAUGCAUGCUGAUUUCCAAUCUAUGGAAACUUACACCAUAUUUUCUCUUUUUUGAUUUUUUUUUAACAAACUAUUAAUUCAUCAUCAUAUUUAUCAAAAAGUUCUGAGAAAGGUAGCACCAAAGAGGCUAAGAAUCAAAUUCUGCUUACUGGGUGAUGUUCCUUCUGGUCAGACAUUUUAUGAAAGUCACUUUGAUAUUUUAAUGAGCCUUAUAAAGAAAAGGGUGUAUAUCAUUAGAAAACUAUUGCCAUGAAAGUAAAACUUUGAUAUAUAGGAAAAUGUAAGCUAAAACAAUAUUAUCAUUUGAUUUCUAGUAAUCUUAAGAUCCCACGCUGAAAAUAAAUACUGGAAUGUUUAUCACUCCUAGGGAUUGAUUAUAUACAACAUGUGUGAUGUGUAACACUGUGUUUCACUUUGAUUUCUAGAAUUAAUGUUCACUUCAUCAUUUCUUUCUCAAAAGUUACUAUUGGUUGAUGACAGAUGAAGUGGGUAUUAAGUAUUUGAAAUGAAUUAAUUGAUUUUAUUUAAUGAAAUAAUAAUGUUUCAAUAAAGCCAGUUUAGAACUAUCUUAAUACAUUUGAUAUGCUAGUAAAAGUUUCAAAGUCCAUACAAUAAUACAAAAUAACAUUAGUAUAAAGGAACAAACUGGAGCUUAUAUAUAUAUGUAUGUAGACAUUUAGAUACACAAGAUAUUAGGAGAUUCAAUAAAUAUGUUCACAACAUUUUGUAGACAUUAAAAUCAGGUAUAAAGUGAUCGACGUCAAUGAAGAAAAGCGGGUGAUUAGUAAAGUAUCGUUAUUGCCUAGGUAACACCAUUUUUCAUGAUAGCAUUGUACAACCUCACUGGGUGUUUUCCUAAUAUCAAAUAUGCAAUUUAAUUAAUCCUUUUUUUUGUUAUAUUUUGUAUUGUAUUUUGCACAUUUUGAAUAGAACGUUGAGAACAUUUUCUUGUAACUGUGUAUAUUAAAUUAUGAUCUGA